GGGAAGGUAGAAAGCUAAAAAUCAAUUCUCGUUUUAUUUUCCAUCAGAUUAAGGUCAGAAGGGUACGCUAUAACGAUAACAUUAUAUUGGAUGUGAAUUGUAGUAGAUAUACAAACAAACCAUGUCAGACAGAGAAUCACCACAGCACGAUACGUAUACAGAUGUAGAUUCUUCACAAUCCGAAUCAGAAGAUUCACAAUCAGAAAACCCAGAGUUCGAAACUGAGGAUGAGUCAAUUGUUUCCAAAGAAGAGGAAAAUUGUCUUCGUUAUUUUCUGGGUAUUGGUAUCGCAGAAAAGGCAGUUAGGAUGUGGUUUGAUACUAUUAUUCCACCAGAUCAACUUGAAAGUCAUUUAAAAAGACAUGAAAAGAAACUGUUCAAGAAUUCCAACGACGCACAAAUAUCAACGUUAUUUCCUGGAUAUGGACCAGUAACAUCUACAAGUUUUGACAUAUCGUUACUUUACAAAAUAAUAAGAAAAUCGACUAAAGUUAAAAAACCAAGAAAAGAUUGGGGAGGAACUCCGGAUCCCAUGGAUACAAAUCCAUCUGACGACCUCGAACGAGUCAGAAUCUGUCGUAACUCACUUUGUCAUGGACCACAGUCAAUUAGCCACAAUGAAUUUGAAAAGAAAUGGAAAGAAUUGAAGGAGGUCAUACAAAGACUUGCUGGAGGUCAGCUGGAUGGAGAAAUAAAUUCCUUACAGAACAAAGACUUAGAUCACGUGGCACGGUCCUCAGUUAAACGAAGUCUGGUUGUUUUGACAGAAAGACUUCAGAACGUAGAAAAACGCGUAGAGGAUCACAUUCCAAAACACAUAAGAGAACAACUUCAGAAAAAAGUAGGAAAGUGGAAAGAAGAGGACAAACUUUUUGUGACUGUUCCUGCUUAUCAGUCAGUUCGUGAUAAACUCAAGUCCUUGUCUUUCGUGACAGUGACUGGCAGUGGUGGUAGAGGAAAAACGUUCCUCAUUCGUCACAUUGCUCUGGAGCUUGCACACGAGGGAUAUGAGAUCAUUCCAGUCUCAGCAUUUGAAGAGAUAAUCCUUUAUGGAAAGCUGCAUUUCAAGCAAUUAUUCGUUAUAGAUGAUGUGCUAGGUGUAUAUGGUCUAGAUUUGAGCUUGUAUAACAAUCUGAGCAGGCAUUCUGAAAAUGUGCUAAAUUUAAUAGAGUCGGGAUCAAAACUACUCAUGAGUUGUAGGUCUGUUGUGUUUAAGGAGUCGAAAUCUUUGAAUAGUUUUGUUACAGAUAUCAAUCAUGUCAUCGAUUUAGAUGACGAAGAAAAUGAGCUCAAUGAUGAAAGCAUGAAAAAUAUAUUAGAAAAUCACUUACAGAAAAAAUACUUAAAAGAUUUAAAUCUACCUAGAAAAUCGCCUAUGUUUCCAUUGCUGUGUAGAUUAUUUUCGUCUGAAAAAAAAUAUUAGUCUGAGGGUGAAAAUUUCUUCCUACAUCCAUACCAGUGUAUAUUUUCAGAUCUUGAUAAAAUGCAAAAGCUCAACAAAUUACAUUAUGCAGGCUUGGUGUACUGUGUCAUCAAAGAUAAUUGUGUCUCUCCAAAAUCUUUAGAUAGAAAAUGUCUAAAAGAAGUCUAUGAAUGCUGUAGAUUAAACAGGUCAACAUCAAAUUCAGAACUUGAAGAUGCAAUUCAGGUAUUGGUGGGAUCUUAUCUGAUGCAGGACACUGAUGGUAAAUAUUCUUUCAUUCAUGACAGCUUGUUCGAAAUAGUGGCAGUUCACUUUGGAAGAUAUUUUCAAGACUUCUUUAUUGAACAUUUUACCUCUACCUCUUUUUACAAGCUUUUAACAUUCGUGGAGGAGGGGUCAACAUGCAGUGAUAAUCUUAUUCCUGUCGGUGUUGAUCAUUUUCCCGUGUUGGUCAACCGCAUAAUUCGUGACAUUAAACAAUUCAAUCUCUAUGACGUAUUCAGCAGAAUAGGAAAAUUUUCUCAAAACGAAGUAUUUGUUUCGGUUUUUUGCAAAACUUUGA